GCCGCGUGGCCCGAGGGAGCCGGGACCUGGGGACUGCGGAGGGCGUGGCCAGGCCGGAGGGGAAGGCGUGGGACCCCGAGACCCCCGCCUGUCCAGCCGUCGUCCGUGGGCCCCAGCUCCCGGACGGACUUGUGUUGCCCUUCCCCAUGGACGCCUCCUCGGGCCCAUGGAAUCCAGCCUCAGCUUCUUCCAUCAGCAGCCCUUCCCUACUGCUCCCCAUCCCGGCCAUCGUCUUCAUCGCGGUGGGCGUGUAUUUGUUGCUGCUGGGCCUAGUGCUGCUGGCGAGGCACUGCCUGCUGGCUCAGGGCUGCUGCACAGACUGCAGCUUCCCGUGCAGAAAACAGACUGCCUCCGAGACCCAAGACUGUUGCUGGAGCUGCGCAGAAGCCUGUGACUUCCCUCUGCCCAGUCCAGCCCACUACCUGGAUGCCUGCUGCCCUCAUCCCAGCGAAGGCUGGGCCCCUCGCUGCCCCCGCUGUUGCCCACUGUGUGACUGUGCCUGUGCCUGCCAGCUUCCGGACUGCCAGAGCCUCAACUGCCUCUGUUUCGAGAUCAAGCUCAGAUGAAGGAUGGGGGUGGGGGGCUUGUUCUUUGGGGAGUGGCCCGCCCCCAGAGCCCCCUCUGUAAUGGCCCUCAGGACGCCGCCACUACGAGGCCAUUGGAACUACAGCUGGCGGGCCCAGCCUAGCUACCUGGGAGCCUUGAGUGGAGGGCCUGGUUCCCUGCGGGACAGGAUUCCCACGGCCCUUGGACAGAUGAACUGCGACCCCUUUGGAGGGCUGGAAAGAAAAGGGGCUGGUGUUCUGGCAGUGCCCUGGCCAUCAACCCCUCCCUCCCCUG